AUGGGUGCAGGCCCCGCAGGUCUCAUAGCUGCUCUUGCUCUCGUUCACAACAGGUGCUAUGACAUCAUUAUCAUGGAUGUCGUAGGCAAAGGAUCCAAUUCAUUGAGAUCCAUCGCCAUACACUAUGCAGCCAUGGAGGCUUUAGCAAGCAUCGAUGUCGCAGAUGGGUUACUGUCUCGAGCCAUCAAGGGAAACGCGCUUUUCAUCCCUGUGACCGAGCUUGUACUUAUGCAGAAGUUGCAGAGCCUUGGUGUGCAGGACGAGUGUCAGCGCUCCAGCAACCUCAAACAUUCAUUUCGCUGCGCUCCCAAGUGA